AAAACUUAAGUUUAAUACAAACUCAUUGAGUAUUUAUGCCUUUCCCGGCAGUAAGAAAACAGCUUACUAUCAAAAAAGCGUACAAGUUAUACCAUGGUGUUUUAAUUGAACGUAGGAAUGUCCUCUGGUUCGCAUGAAUGGCUUAGUGUUUCCACAACAAUCAGCUAAGUUUACACACAAUAGUAUCACUGCCACAAGCACGCUCGCUUUGUGAUUGUGUGUACUGUACUUACAAACAGAGCUCUCUGCUUUCAGUCAAUCGCUGUGGUUAUGGAGGUAAUGUAUCUUUAUUUAGCAUAAAAGCAAGCAUAUAUGCGUACUAUAAGAAAAUAGAGCGUACAUGGUGUAUACAGUUUACUUACGAUUAAUUUAAAUAAAGCACAGCAGUAUUUUAAACUGAGUAUUGGUUGUGUUUCGUCUUACGAGACGAAAUGCUUUCUUUCGUCGCAACAGAUUAAGUAACAGUUUCGUACGGUUGAAAUCACUCCUAAGCCAUACGUCGUACACCAACAAUAAAAAUUCUGUAGAGAAUUCAUUUCUUUACCUUUUCAAAUCCAAUUAGCGAAGCAAAAAGAGAUAGAAUUGCUAUUAUCUUAAUAUGUCUACAUCACUGGCUAUACAACCAGCCUAUCCAGGCAGUAAAGCUGAACGAAGUAAAGCGAAUCCUGACAGAACAAUUUUCGGAACAACACUCGAUAAUUAUGGUCGAUGUUGGAACUUAUUAAAAGACCCAAAAGUUCAAGAAAGCAGUGAUAAAUUUUACUUCGAAAAACUUGGACGAAGGUGGAUACCAAGGUCCGCUAACAGCCAACGUAUUCAUAACAGCGGUUGGGGACUGACAGACUACACCCAACCAGAGAUAGCAGAAGAAUUCGUGCGUCAUUACGACCUCAGAAACUGCUGGAGUGCCGCAUCUAAUACAGAGGACCGAUUACCAGAACUGCCUACGUCUCCUUACUUAGAAAAACGCGGUAACUUGGUUCCUAGCAGCGCAUGUUCUAAGUACUUUCAGCGUUGCAGGAAAAGGACAAUGUCAGCACCAAACGAGAAAACGCGUCGGCCUGUGCGCAAAAUACCGAAAUUUCGCUUGCCGCCAAACACUUUCAACCCUAUGCGACUGUCGAGCUUAAAAAUUACUGAAACUGGAGCUAAGGAUCUCAUCAAUGCUAAAAACGUGAACGAGAUUGGGUUAGACGGCACCCUUCAGUUUAACCACCAAGCUCACCAACAGCGACAAGUUGCUCCCAUGUUUUACAAGCACCAUGGGAGUGCUCUUACCUUUGGCCAAUACUUCAGCAAUUCUACCACGAAUAAAGACGUUACUGCGCCCGGAGGUUACUAUAGAAUGGACACAGCGGACUUGCAAACAUUUAAAGCAGUUGGCAAGGCAGACUAUCGACCAACUGAAGCGACAAUUCAACACAAACAACCAAGAAAAGAACAUUCGGCCAUGUCUUCUACGGAUUUGAAAAUCACUCCUUCCGAAAUUCCACUUAAUAUUCGGCACAAGUUUGGAAGCUCAAACAUUAAAAGGUUGCUCAAUGAAAACCACGAAGAGUUUCUCCGACAUGUUGCUUCUGUACAGGUAUGUGCCGUUUUACAAAGAGAAGCCGAAUUAAAUCAUUCAGGAAUGGUCCCAGCACGUAAAACGGUAAAGGAAUUGAACCACCCGAUCAACCCACCAGUCAGAUACUUCACCAACUACGGAGGAAAUCUAAAAUACGACGAAUUCGAAGGUGGACUUCAUCUUUAUAUAAAGUGAAGACAGUGCUAUGCAGAAAAGGCUCCAAAUAGCGGUAUAUAGAGAUUCAAUUAAACCCAGUAUUAAAAAAUUUCAAACUGAAAUAAAUUUAAAAAACUUGCAA